AUGAGCUACAUGCUCUUCCCGUCUUCUAUUUGCGCUGGUCUAUUUCUGAUUGUUGGUCAUUCACUGAAGUUGUUGUGGAGCCAAGCUCCUGACUAUGAACUUCUAACAAAAUACCCCCCUUUUAACGACUGGAGAAGACUAAGGCAUACUCGAGAAAUCGGAUUGUGGAAGGAGGUCUUAAUCCAUUGUUAA